AUGUCUGACAGCGAAGACAACAUGGCCGCCGAGCCACCAGUGAUUGACCCUUAUGAGGUCCUCGGCCUCGAGCGCACUGCAACACCCGAUGAAAUCAAGAAAGCAUACCGAAAGGCUUCCCUCAAGACUCAUCCAGACAAGGUCCCAGAAGACCAAAAAGAAGAAGCCACGACCGCAUUCCAGAGCAUCGCCUUCGCCUACGCCAUCCUCUCCGAUCCAGCCCGGCGCAAGAGGUACGAUGCCACCGGCUCCACCUCCGAAUCCAUAGUCGACUCGGAAGGCUUCAACUGGUCCGAGUACUACCGCGAGCAGUUCGCAGAGGCCAUCAGCGAAGAUGCCAUCAACAAAUUUGCCGCCAAGUACAAGGGCAGCGACGAGGAGAAGGACGACAUCCUCAUCGCAUACGAGCAGUCCAAGGGUGACAUGGACGGCGUCUACGAGUCGGUCAUGCUGAGCGAUGUCCUGGUGGAUGACGAGCGCUUCAGGCGCAUCAUUGACGAGGCAAUCGAGAGCGGCGACGUGAAGGCGUUCAAGGCCUACACGAAAGAGAGCGCCAAGUCCAAGCAGGCGCGGGUCAAGGCUGCGCAGGGCGAGGCGCAGGAGGCCGAGGACUACGCAAAGGAGCUGGGGGUGCACGACAAGCUGUUCGGCGACAAGAAGGGCGCAAAGGGCAAGGGAAAGUCGAAGGGCAAGGACAAAUCGGAGGACAGCCUCGCGGCCCUGAUAAAAAGCAGGCAAAAGGACCGCGGCGAGGACUUCUUCGACCACCUGGUAGAGAAAUACGGCGGUAGCUCGGCAAAGCAGUCGGCCAAGGGCAGGAAGAAGAAGGUCGUUGAGGAGGAGCCGGACGAGGCGGCUUUCCAGGCUGCUGCUGCGAGACUCGGCAAGAAUAAGGCGUCUGGAGACCCAGGGCCCAAACCAGCUAAGAAAUCGAGGCGCUGA